UCCUUAGUCGACGGCGGAGUUUUACGUUUGGCGAGUGGUGCGGCGGUGUGGUGGCCAACGAAGUUUAUCAAGGUUAUUGGUGCUAUGUCUUCAAGAUUCGACCGAUACCAGUCGCAGUCACAAAAUCCUCCGCCCAAGAAAAGUAAAACAGAGAAAGGUAAUAAGACUGACAAUUCUCGCGGGAAUGGAAAGAAGAAUCAGGUUGCAGCUGCUGAGGGUGUGACGCUGCCCCCACCAACUCUAACCUCUACUCCACCUAGGGCCUCUAUUCCUUCCUCCCAGCCCCCUGAGCAGGGAGAAAAUUUUGCAGACCAAAGUUCACGUGUCUGGACCAAUUUGAUUCGACUAGGAGCGGACGUGCUUCCCGGAGCAUCUAUAAUAAAUGGUAACCUUGAUGCGGUUGAGUAUGCCUCUCGCAUUGCUCCCCCUGCGAAUGUGAAUUACUUGGCCGCCAUGGAUGUGAAUUUGCUACAAGAGCAGUAUCUUAGACACAUUUUUGAGGCUAUGCAGGAAGGACAAGUCAUUCACGCCCAUCACAGACGAGUGGCGGACGCCCUCUUUGAGGAUAAUAAAGGCCUCAUUGAGGACAAUAAACGCCUCAAGGGGCUAUUAUUGGCGCGAGAGGGAUCUCUAAGCACCAUGGAGGGCGAGCUUGGGGUGCUGAGGAAGGACCGUGAAGCACUUACAGUUGCGUUGAAGAAGGAGCAAGAAGAUCAUGAGAAGGCUCGUGCCAUCCAUGCUGCUGCCCUUAGCGAGGCGGAGAAGAUCUAUAAGCAUUCCACCAAGUACAAGGAGGAUGUGAUGAGCUAUAUGAGCAACACUGAAGCUGUUUGUGAAUUCCUCAAGACCAAAGCGGGCCGAGAAGCGGUUGAAGCAGAGGCUCAAAUUGCUUUUGAGGUUGGGAUGUAUACGAAGCAACAACAAAUUUUUCCGGUGCUACGCGAAAAAGUUUCAAGUUUCGAUCCAGUGGCCAUGGGCUUGCCUGUGAUAGAAGAAAAUCCUGAUCCCGAUGCCGAGAAUGGUGCAGUCGAUGGUGUUACUGCCGAGAAGGAUGCCACCCGCAAAUGUUCUCCUAUUGCUGACCUUCUUCACAUUGACACCAGCAAUGUCCUUGAUGUUCCACUCGAGCAGAUAUUUAUUGAAGACAUUACUGGGGAUGAGUAGUUCCUUUGC